GUUCUUUCCCUUCUCCACUCUCACCACACUCUACUCCAUCUCUUCUUCACUUCUUCUCCAGAUGAAGAGGUCAUUGAUGAAGUGGGGAAUGCCCGAGCAGAGCAUCGAGGAGGCUCGUAAGCGAAGCAGCAAGAACGACGGGCCCUCGUCAUCCUCGUCUUCAUCAUCGUCAGCUCGGUCAGCAUCGGUAGCCGUCGGCCUGAGGAUCCUGACGCAGGUCUCCGAGACGGCCAAGCCCCACAUAGUCGUCAAGUCCAAAGCGACCGCGAGCCUCCACCUCGCCAAGCCUCGCCCGAGAGCUCCAUCCCGGAACAGCUGCUCCGAUCUCGAGUACUCCUGCUUUCUCAAGACGUGCGCUCUGUGCAGCAAGAAACUCAGGCCCGACCAAGACAUUUACAUGUACAGGGGAGAUGAAGGAUACUGCAGUGUGGAGUGCAGAGACAGGAGGAUCAUGAUGGACGAGAUGAAGGAACUGGAGGCUUCGACGAAACGGAUGGUGUCGUCUCCCAGGCAUUGCUAUGCCGCCUCUCUCCAGAGCGAGACCCGCCUCCUCCGUGAAGAGCUCCAGCGACGGCAGCAACACCUUAUCGUUCCCAAAACUAGGACCAUAGUCUCAUGACCCUUUUCUUCUUUUUGAAGGCUUUCUUGAGUUCCAAAUGCUGGAAAUUUUGCAGAUUUGCUUUCUGCGUUUUUGUGAGCAUAAUAUUUUAUUUAUCCUCUAGAAAGAGGUAGGGACAGUUCGUAAAUUUCUUGUGUCUCCUUUCCUUUCAUGUCGGGCGAUGCCUUGUGUACAUGCUUUUGAAAUCCCAGCUACAUGGGGCUGAUAGAACUCACAGAUAUUUUGCCGAAA